GGGAAAGAUGAACUCGGGGUUUGGCUGCAUGUAUCAGUCCAAAAUAUCACUUCAGCCAUAGGGCGAAUUGCAGGCUACUCUUAUCAUCUGAAGCUACUACUGUUUUUGUCUUGUCAAAACUAUUGUUAUCCUUGACCUCACCAACCGAUCUCACAAAGCUCAUGAGUUCAGGCAAAAUUAGGGCUCUUAACAAUUUAUGAUGAUGAUUUGCAAACAAUUAAUCAAAGUUGCAGUGCUGAUGGCCUCGCCCGCGAUACAGAACGGAAUCGCGGAUGCUGAGGCUUUACCAGUUAUGGAGCGCAGAGGGGUUCCAAAUGCUCCUGAUGGCUACGCUCCAGGCCAAGUCUCAUGCCCGGAUACACGGCCGGUCAUCCGACAGGCAACUGGACUGUCAACUGAUGAAAUAGCAUGGCUGGAACGUCGUGACAACAACACGAUCUCAGUAUUGAAGGACGUCCUCAAUCGAGUUGAUAUUGGUGAUAUAGAUACUGAUAAAUAUCUUGAUGGCAUCGCUAGUGAUGGCGGCGCGCUGCCCCGAAUCGGCAUUGCCAUCUCAGGCGGGGGUUACAGGGCCAUGAUGAAUGGGGCUGGUGCCAUUGCCGCUUUUGACAGUCGAACCAAGAAUUCCACUGGCAAAGGACAUCUCGGCGGUAUCCUACAGGCAGCAGCGUACCUGAGUGGCCUGUCUGGCGGUAGUUGGGUUGUGGGAAGUCUCUUUAUACAGAACUUCACCACAGUAGAGUCCAUCGUCUCUGGAUCCAGUGCCUUUCUAGGAACCCUCUGGCAGUUUGAUGACUCAAUUAUUGAAGGGCCAUCCGACCUAUCGAUAACACGAUAUUACCGCGAGCUAUACCAAGACGUAAAUGAUAAGGUCGAAGCGGGCUACAACAAGAGCAUAACCGAUUAUUGGGGAAGAUCAUUGUCUUAUCAGCUUGUCAAUGCAAGCGAUGGAGGACCAGCAUAUACCUUCUCAUCAAUUGCGAACGACACCGACUUCGCCAAUGCCUCAACGCCUAUGCCCAUUAUUGUUGCGGUCGAACGGGUAACAGGCCAACUCGAGAUAGCGAGCAAUUCCACCAUCGUCGAGUUCAACCCUUGGGAAAUGGGUUCCUAUGAUCCUGGGCUUGCCGCAUUUGCACCCUUGAAAUAUGUCGGCUCCGACUUCGAUAACGGCACUAUCAAACGAGGAAGAAAUUGCAUCGCGGGGGUUGAUAACGUCGGAUUUGUCAUGGGGACAUCUGCCUCACUAUUCAACCAGGCCUUUCUACAGAUCGACAAGGCUGAGAAUGUACCGGACUUCUUACUUGGAGCCAUAAACAAUACCUUGGCAGAUAUUGGCGAGGAGAAUAGGGAUAUCGCCAACUGGCCUAAUCCCUUCUAUAAGUAUAACCCCACAAACAACUCAAAUGCCAACACGACAAUCUUGACACUCGUUGACGGUGGGGAAGAUCUGCAAAACAUUCCUAUACACCCACUGCUCUUAUCGGACCGUCAGGUCGAUGUCAUCUUUGCUGUUGAUGGCUCCGCUGAUACUAUGACCCGGUGGCCAAAUGGCACGGCGCUCUUGGCAACAUACGAGAGAUCCAAGGCAGGCACGUCGACACAGAAUAGCAAAUUUCCCAAAAUACCAGAUCAGAACACCUUUGUCAACCUUGGUCUCAACAAGCGUCCCACCUUUUUCGGCUGCGGCGCAGACUCCAACAAAUCGGCGGGACCACUCAUUGUUUACCUGCCCAACGCACCGUAUACGUACCACUCCAACUCGACAACAUUUGAUCUCGAAUACAGCGACACGGAACGGAAUGAGAUCAUUGUUAACGGGUACAACGUCGCCACCAUGGGAAAUGGCACGGUUGACCCCGACUGGCCAGCUUGUGUAGGCUGUGCGAUAUUGGCUCGCAGCUUUGACCGCACAGGGACGGCCGUGCCGUCCAAAUGCAGAGACUGCUUCUCAAGAUACUGUUGGAACGGUACGACAAACUCAACGAUGCCAGGUACGUACGAACCGGAGCAGAUCAUUACCAGUGGUAUAGGACACCUCGUACCGUGUGCGGUAGUGGUGGGAGUUGCUCUGUUUCUCAAUUUCGUGCUACUGUACGUAUGAUUUGAGUAGCUUAAGAUUGGAUAAGUCAAUGCAUACUUUCAUG